AUGCUGAAAGAUGGCGAGGAGUUAUUGUCCUACUACCGCAAUGUUAUUCUUCAAUACUUCCAGGUAUCCUCGCGGCUUUCCCUUGCCUACCCACUCGUGGCAUGGAUCUCCCUGUCGUUUGCGUCAGGUAUCGCCUCCGGGGAGAUACUAGGAUACGAGGAAAAGGCUCCCACAGGGGCGCAGCUGCGACUAAUAUAUGGUCGGGAUCUACCAAGGGCAAUGAGUUAUAACAAGAGGAUGUUAGAGGCUCUCAGCGCGUUCGGAUGGAGAUUGCGGAAUCGACGCAGAAUGUCAAUAUCCGCAUGA